AUGUUGCUUUACGGCUGUGAUUAUGACAAAGCAGCUGAGCCUCGGCACGUUCACACGCUGUUGCCUUCGGUAACUGGCUCUGUGCCUGUGUCUCAGUCAUAUGGUGAUGAAGAGGAACCAGCAUCUCCCCCUAGCUAUGCCAUUUUUGUCAAACACCUCAGCGAGGAUAAACAGAUCAUCACUUUAGGAUUAAGAGAGAUAUUUAGUAACUUUCCCCAGGAGCCUCAAUCUUCAGUCUUCCAGCAAACUGAACAACAGUUUCCACUUCAGAAGCCAGUGGUACAGUCAGAACCUCUUGACAAGUGUGCUGUAGCUGAUUAUGAGCAGAUCCAGUGUGGACAACAGGGUAUCAGUGGUGCUGAGUGUGAAGCUAUAAACUGCUGCUUUAAUGGACAGCAGUGUUAUUAUGGAAUGUCAGUGACUGUCCAGUGUAUAAGCGAUGGUCAGUUUGUGUUAGUGGUGGCUAGAGAUGUUACUCUGCCACGUCUGAGUCUGGACACGGUCCGUCUGCUGAGUGGCAAUGAAGCACCUUGUGGUCCUGUUGGUUCAACGCCUUCCUUUGCCAUAUACCAGUUUUCAGUCACUGCCUGUGGCACCAGCAUGAUGGAGGAAAAUGGUUAUGUGGUGUAUGAGAACAGAAUGACUUCAUCCUAUGAAGUGGGUAUUGGACCUCUUGGCUCCAUCACAAGGGACAGUCAAUUUGAACUUCUCUUCCAGUGUAGAUAUUCUGCCACUGCUGUGGAAGCUCUGGUUGUGGAGGUCAACACUGUUCCACAACCUCCACCUGUAGCUGCUCCUGGACCCCUCAGGGUGGAGCUUAGACUGGCAAAUGGCCAAUGUGUCACAAAAGGCUGUGCAGAAGGAGAUGAAGCCUACACGUCCUACUACAGUGAGGAUGAGUAUCCAGUCACAAAAGUCCUGCGAGAGCCGGUGUAUGUUGAGGUGCGGAUUUUGGAGAGGACUGACCCCAAUCUUGUCUUGAUGUUGGGACAUUGUUGGGCAACAUCAACACCUAGUCCUCUCAGUCUACCCCAGUGGGAUCUUCUAGUUGAUGGAUGUCCUUACCAGGAUGACCGUUACCUGACCGCACUGGUUCCUGUAGUUGGCUCGUCUGGUCUUCAGUUCCCAACCCACAGCAAGCGCUUUGUUGUGAAGAUGUUCACAUUUGUGGAUCCAUCAUCACUGGCCCCUCUGCAGGAGACUAUCUAUAUUCACUGUAGUACCGCGGUGUGCCACCCUGCUUCUGGUUCCUGUGAGCAGAGCUGUUCCAGGAAAAGGAGAGCUGUUGCUGGAAAGAUGAGUGAAGAAACUGUGGUUUCCAGUGGAGGUGUUUUCUUUACGAUGUAA